AGUCGAUCCAAAACUGUAAAUUAGAUGAGGCAAGGAAGAUUUUUGACAAAUCUAGGCACAAAGAUACAUAUACAUGGAAUAUAAUGUUAGAUGGGUAUGUUAAAAAGCGAGAUAUCGCAAAUGCACGCCAAAUGUUUGAUGAAAUGCCUGACAGAGAUACUGUUUCUUGGAACACAAUGAUAAAGGGUUACAUUUUAUUGUCUGAUAUGAAACAAGCUUUUAGCUUGGUUAAAGAAAUGCCGAACCCUGACGUGUAUACAUGGAAUCAGUUUAUUUUGUGGUUUUCCCAGAGAGGGAAAGUUGAUGAAGCUUUUGAAUUUUUUGAAAGAAUUCCGGCAAGGGAUAGAAAUACGGUUUCUUGUAAUUUGAUGUUGGGUGCUUAUGUGGGAGGGAAGGAGAUUGUGAAAGCAAGGAAAUUGUUUGAUGAUAUACCGGAGAAAGAUGGGGUGUCGUGGAAUACUAUGAUUUCGGGGUAUUUUGGUUGUGGGUGGUUGGAUGAGGGGAAGAUGCUGUUUGAUGCAAUGCCGUGUAAAGAUGGUGUUUCUUGGAAUACGGUUAUUAGGGGGUAUAUGGAGAAUGGAAGGAUGGAUGAAGCUUUGAAGGUGUUUGAUAUGGCGCCGAAUAAGGAUGCUGUUUCUUGGAAUACGGUUAUUGGUGGGUAUGCAAAAAAUGGAAAGAUGGAUGAAGCUUUGAAGUUGUUUAAUCGGGCGUUAGACAAAAAUGCUAUUUCUUGGAAUACUAUGGUUUUUGGGUUUUUGAAGAAUGGUGAUUUAGAGAAUGCAGUUGGGUUGUUCAAGAAAGCGCCUGAGCCAUAUGCUGCUUCUCUGGGUGCACUUGUGUCGAGUCUUGUUCAGAAGGGAGAGUUGGAUGAAGCUCAAAAGAUUCUGCUUGAGAGUUCCUGUAUGGAUGAUGAUAGAGUAAAUUUGGUUCAUAGUUAUAACGUUUUGAUUGGUGGGUUUGUAAGGAGAGGAAGGAUUGAAGAUGCUAGGCGUAUUUUUGAUCUAAUCCCGUUGUCUAAAAGGAAUAUGGUAUCAUGGAAUAGAAUGAUAAAUGGUUAUAUUGAAGUGUCUGACAUGGAAGAAGCUUCUACUUUGUUUAACAAAAUGCCAAAUCCUGAUGUAUAUUCAUGGAAUUUAUUGAUUUCAGGGUUUACUCGGAGGGGUAAAGUGGAAAAAGCUUGUGAAUAUUUUGAAAGGAUGCCUAAUAGAAACACAGUAACUUGGAAUAUAAUGUUGAAUGCGUAUGUUAGGAUGAGGGAUAUAGUGAAAGCACGGCAACUCUUUGAUGAAAUGGCUGAAAGAGAUACGGUGUCCUGGAACACAAUGCUUUCCGGGUAUGUUGGUUGUCGGCGUUUAGAGGAGGCAAAGGUCUUGUUUGACUCGAUGCCAUGUAAAAAUAUUGUUUCUUGGAACACAAUUAUUAGUGGGUUCGCAAAGAAUGGAAGGAUAAAUGAAGCUUUGAGUCUCUUUAAUCAGGCGCCAGAUAGAAAUAUUGUUUCUUGGAAUGCGAUGGUUACAGGUUUCUUACAAAACCGUGACUUGAGGAAUGCAGUCGGGUUUUUCAAAAAGAUGCCAGAACGAGAUGCUGCUUCUCUUAGUGCACUUAUAUCGGGUCUUAUUGAUAAUGGGGAACUGGAAGAAGCUGAAAAGAUUCUGUUGGAAAUUUCGCUUGAGAAUGAUGAUAGACUAGACAUGGUACAUGCUUUUAACACUUUGAUAGCUGGGUAUGGCCGGAACGGAAGGAUUGAAGAUGCUAGACGCAUUUUUGAUCAAAUCCCAUCUUACCAUGAUCACAUGAGAUCUGAUAGGUUUAAAAGAAAUGUCGUGUCAUGGAAUACUAUGAUUAUGUGUUAUGUGAAAGCCAAAAAUGUUUAUUCUGCCAGAAUUCUAUUUGAUGAGAUGACUGAGAAGGACACAUUCUCAUGGAAUACAAUGAUAAAUGGUUACAUCGAAGUGUCUGAUAUCGAAGAAGCUUGUAGUUUGUUCAUGAAAAUGCCAAACCCUGAUAUAUAUACAUGGAAUUCCUUGAUAUCAGGGUUUUCUCAGAUGGGUAAAGUGGAACAAGCUUGUGAACUUUUUGAAAGAAUGCCCCAAAGAAACCGAGUUUCUUGGAAUUCCAUCAUAGCCGCUUGUGAGAAAAAUAGGCAGUAUACAGAAGCAAUAGAGCUAUUUAUUAAAAUGCAAUUAGAUGGAGAAAAACCAGACAGACACACUUUGUCGUCCCUUCUGAGUGCUUGUGCUGAAAUUGCUGAUAUACAACUGGGUAUACAGAUACAUCAGCAAGUCACUAAGGUUGUUGCUCCAGACGUACCCUUAUAUAACUCUCUUGUUACUAUGUAUGCCAGAUGUGGAUCUAUAACAGAGGCUAAUGCAAUCUUUGAUGAGAUGAAAUUUUGUAAAGAUGUGAUUUCGUGGAAUGCUAUGAUUGGUGGAUAUGCCGCUCACGGAUAUGCAACAAAGGCCUUAGAAAUUUUUGGACUAAUGAAGAAGGCAUUAGUGAAGCCAACACAUAUAACCUUUAUAUCUGUUUUGAGUGCAUGUGCAAAUGCUGGUUUAGCCGAAGAAGGCCGUCUGCACUUUAAAUCCAUGGUUAAUGAAUUUGGUAUUGAACCCAGGGUAGAACAUUAUGCCACCCUUGUGGAUAUCAUGGGUCGAAAUGGACAACUAGAGGAGGCCAUGGAUGUGAUUAAAGGAAUGACUAUUGAACCAGAUAAGGCAGUGUGGGGUGCAUUACUGGGUGCUUCUAAAGUGCAUAAUAAUAUGAAGUUAGCUCGGGUUGCAGCUGAAGCUUUAAUACGUCAUGAACCUGAAAGCUCUACAGCGUAUGUUUUGUUACAUAAUAUGUAUGCUGACACUGGGCAAUGGGAUGAUGCAACAGAAAUCAAGGAAUUUAUGAAGAAAUAUAAUAUUAAAAAGGCAGCAGGGUACAGCCUGGUGGAAUCAAAUUUCAGAUGAUUUCUACACUUAUAAUGAAGUUGAAUUGGAGUUUUAAUUAUAAUCUGUAGCCAGCUAGCAUUGUGGCUAGCUGCAAUAUCUUGAGCAAGUUUUGCAUUUAUGUGAUCUCCAAGAAAAUGACAUGCCUAAAGUCAAUCCAGUACAUUUAAGCCAAUAGGCUUAUCUGAAUCAUGGACCCUUAAGCUGGGAUAAUGAAAUGACGAAUGAUGGACACAGAUGUAUUAAUAUAAUUCAGGGAGACGAUACUAUGCAGAACCGGACAUUUUCAAGCACGUUCUGGUCCAGGUGGGUGUUAUUGCGGGCUUGUCGGGUCAAAAUUUGCACACAAAAAAAGGCGAUUUCCUUACUAUGAUACUUCGAUUCAAACGUCCUUUACAAAGCUCUCUUAGGACGUGUUUUUUAAUAACUACAACUCCGAGUACUGAACUAGCAGUAAGGCGGCGAUGAUAUAAAAGUGGAAGUGGAUCAUUCCCUGUCUCUAUCGAUUUCUCAAGAAACACUAAAUUCUAGUUUUCCAAUAGACUACACACUCCAGAUAAUACCAUUGGAAAAUUAUUUAUAAGUCAAAUCAGAGAACUGUGUUUACUAAUUCUAGAGGUGGCAAGAUGGAUGGGUUUUGAAGCAAGUCAAUACAAGUACAGGUUGAACAAGUUGGAUUGGGUUGACCCACAACUACUUUGUUGUUCAUCAUUGUAAUUUUACUCAUUAUUUUAAUCUUAUUUUGAAAGGCAAAGAAGUACAUACCUAAUUACCUAUUUUAUACACCAAAGUGAGACUUGAACCCACAACCUCAUGGUUUAUGGGUCACACCCCAUCGUUGUAAAUUGCUUUAUAAACAAACAAUCUGUUUAUUACCCUUAGAAAACAAAUGAUCACUUGUACAAAUCGUUACAGUGCCAAAUCU